AUGGUGGUUCAAGAUAGGCCCAAUAUGGUAUUUCUAAUGAAGACAAAAAAUCAAGAAAGCGUGCUAGAUCGAGUACAAAAGCAACUAAAUUUUCAAAGCAAGUUUGUGGUGAACGCGUUGGGGAUAGCGGGGGGAUUAGCUGUUUUGUGGAAUAACUCUGUUGAUAUUAAUAUCGAGGAAGCCUCACGGGAACUCAUCAAUUUGAUAUGCACGGAUGUAGACAGCGGGAAGACAAUGAGAAUUACUUUUGUCCAUGCGCCAAAUGUGAUCCAGGAGAAAGUCAAAUUUUGGGAUAAGUUGAGACAGGUAAGCUUAUUAGAUUCUUCACCAUGGUUGUGUUUAGGUGAUUUUAAUGAGGUUCUAUAUGACUGGGAAAAAGUGGGAAAACGCUCGAUAAGCCAAUCUCGCCUAAAUGCCUUUCGAGAAUGCUUAGAUGACUGUGCUUUGAUGGAGAUGGAUUGUAAAGGAUGUGCAUACACUUGGGCGAACAAUAGGGAAGGAGAAAAUUUUGUAAAGGAAAAACUGGACAGGGUGUUCUGCAACUUAGACUGGCGGCUUUUAUUCCCAACAGCUGAGGCCUUUGCACUAGUGGCUAUUGGCUCUGAUCACAGUCCUCUUUUACUGGAUUCCUCAAUUGAAGUUGUACAAAGAAGAAGAGAAUUUCGCUUUGAAGCGUACUGGAAUGAGGAAGCGGAGUGCAGCAAGAUUAUAAAGGAGGCAUGGCAGUCCCCAUUUCUGGAAAAUGCAGGCUUAAAGGAGAAAUUACAGGUGGUAACUAGGGUUUUGACCAUAUGGAGUAAAAAGAAAUUUUCGAAUAGCCAUCACAAAAUCGAAUCCUUAAAGAAGGAGCUGCUGGAAAUUACAAAUAACAUUCAUGUUCUUGAGGAAAAAAGCAAAAUUAUGAGCAUAAAACAGGAGAUUGAAACUCUUUGGCGACGCAAAGAGAUGUAUUGGGGGAUGAGAUCGCAGAUCAAUUGGUUGAAAUGGGGGGACAAAAAUACAAAAUAUUUCCAUGCGACAACUAUUCAGAGGAGGAACAGGAAUAGAGUAUCCAUGCUGCAAUUCCCUGAAGGAGAGUGGAUAAGGGAUAAAAAUCAGCUUCAGCAGAUGACUAUGACAUAUUUUACUGAUCUUUAUACCACUAUGGGUCAAAGAAACAUAUUACCCAUACUGAACCAGAUUUCCAAGCAGGUAACAGAUGAAGUAAAUGAAACUUUGGUGACAGAGGUAACAAUGGCGGAGGUUAAAACAGCGGUAUUUCAGCUAGGAGCGUCUAAAGCCCCUGGACCAGACGGAUUAAAUGUAUUAGAAUGCCAGAAUAUUUCAGCAGUCCUAAAUCAAUAUUGUUAUGCUUCUGGACAAGCGAUAAACUUGAACAAGUCAGGGAUUUUUUUCAGUAAAGGAUGCCCGCAGUCAUUGAGGGAUAACAUGGUAAGGGAAUUGAGGAUUCCAGAGAUUAGCCAUACAGGGAAAUAUCUUGGAAUUCCAUCUGAUUGGGGUGCUUCUAAAAAAGAUAUGUUUGCUUGGAUUUUGGGGAGAGUAAAUUCUAAACUGGAGGGUUGGAAGGAACAAUUGAUAUCAAAGGCUGGGAAAGAAAUUUUGCUGAAAACUGUGGUCCAAGCAUUGCCACAAUAUGCCAUGUCCAUAUUUAAAAUCCCUGUCUCUGUUUGUAAAGCCAUAGAGCAGAAAAUAGCUAAUUUUUGGUGGAAAAACAGCACCUCAAGAGCUGGAAUGCACUGGAAAAAGUGGGAAAUUCUCAAGACUAGGAAAGAUGAGGGAGGCAUGGGCUUUAGAGACUUGCUCACGUUCAACAAAGCUAUGCUGGGUAGACAAGCUUGGAGGUUAAUCACAAACCCAGCUACUUUAUGGAGCAAAAUACCGAAGGGAAUUUAUUUUAGCCAAAAGGAAUUCUGGCAUGCUGAAAAAGGAACAAGACCAUCUUGGGGAUGGCAAAGUCUGUUGGUAGGGAGGGAUGCCAUUGCAAAUUCAACAAUGUGGUCUAUUGGAAACGGGCAGAGAGUAAAUAUCAGGGAAGAUAAAUGGUUGAAGAGGGGAGUGAUUGGAGGGCCAGCAAAUGUUAAUGAACCUAAGAAGGUAGCAGAAUUGAUAGAUGCUGCAGAGGGCCAAUGGAAUGAGCAAAAGCUUGAAGAACUCUUCGAUGAACAAACCAAGCAAGAAAUUCUGUCCAUUCCAAUUCAACCACAGGAAACAAAUGAUGAAUUAUUCUGGAAGGGAACAAAAUCUGGAUGCUACACAGUAAAAAAUGGGUAUAAUAUAAUCAGGCAAGAAUCAAGUAAGAAAUUGGCAGAACAACCCUCAUCCUCUACUCAAACACCCAGAGCACUGUGGAAUUCUAUAUGA